GCCCGGCAAGUUCCUCUUAAAAUAUAAUUGCAACAUCACUCCUUUAGAGGAAGCGAGACCUGGAACAUAGGACCGCAGGGAAAGCACUUAAUCUCUCCUUUUGUGUAACGUGGGAAAAGACUGGGCUUUUCUGUGCCGUCGGAUUCUCCGCUGGGAGAUGCAGUUUAUGUUGCUUUUUAGUCGCCAGGGGAAAUUGAGACUCCAGAAGUGGUAUGUCCCAUUAUCUGACAAAGAAAAGAAGAAAAUCACAAGGGAACUUGUUCAAACAGUAUUAGCCCGCAAACCGAAAAUGUGCAGCUUCCUGGAAUGGAGAGACCUGAAGAUUGUCUACAAAAGAUAUGCAAGUCUCUAUUUCUGCUGUGCUAUUGAAGAUCAGGACAAUGAACUAAUAACUUUGGAAAUAAUUCAUCGCUAUGUAGAACUUCUUGACAAGUAUUUUGGCAGUGUCUGUGAACUUGAUAUCAUCUUCAAUUUUGAAAAAGCCUAUUUCAUUCUGGAUGAGUUCCUUUUAGGAGGGGAAGUUCAGGAGACAUCCAAGAAAAAUGUUCUUAAAGCCAUUGAACAAGCAGAUCUUUUACAGGAGGUAAGCAAAUGCAACUUCUCUGGCCGAAGUGUCAGCAUGGUAGGCUGUGACUCAAAAACCUCUUAUUCCUCUAAGCUUCUAGAAGGUAUUUUUCAGCAUGCUUAGCAUGUAGUUUUAGCUGGUUGUCCUAAGUGUGCAAUAGGAUGAUGUUAGCUGCUCUUUUCGUUUGGUUUGGCAUGUGGAUGUUGUAAACUACUGUGACUUCGUGUUCUGCUAGUAAUGCAAGUGGCUGUUUUGUGUUUAUACCUAGAUAAUUGUAGAUCGUGCUGAUUUAACUUAGUAUUGUUCAUGUGUCUUCCAUUCCUUCUUUUUAUUUAUUAACCAUUAGUUUUUUUGUCAUACCCUGAUGCAUGUUCACUUCUUUACUGGUUCAUUGCUGAAAUCCAGAAGCUAGACUCUCUUUGAGACUCAUUCAGGUAUAGUUCUAAUUAGUUCUUAGACCUGCUUUUCUGCUAUAGGCUGCUUAUUGUGGAACAUUUUUGCGCUGACAAAGCAGUAAUAGUAGUGCCAUAGAAACAUACAGAAUAAAGUAUAAGAACAUUGUUUUUUUCACUUUGAAUGCUUUUGCUGUUUACUGUUAUCACUGAAGAACGAUGGAUUGCAUGUCUACCAUUUAAAAAAAAAAUCAUGUGAGGGUAUUCAAUGGUAUAGAAAAACUUUAUAAUUUCUCCAUAUUUUUCCAUCCUAUGCUGGUUACUUUGAAUUUAUUUGAUUUUGUUUGGUAUUCUUUCUUACUGAAAUGUACACCAUUAAGGUCCUUGAAUGUCUAAAUGGGAAUCAAAAAUUCUGGUGUGCUGGGGGAAUCAUCAGUCUUGUCUGCAAGUCAGUGGAACAUAUGGUUUAACAGGGAUGGUUCACCUUUAUAUUUUAAAGUGGGCUGGGGUUUACUGCCUAGAUUCUAUAUAGAUCCAAGCUGCUCUGUUUUUCCCCCAUGUGAACCUUCUGUUUUGUUAUUUUCUCCGAUUAAUUAAUUGCUUAAUUUUCUUAGAAGCCUUCUGUGUUCCACUUGGUAGUCUUUUGUUGGACAUAAUGUUGGUAGGAUGGGGAAAACACACGGUGUUCUUUACCCUGAUAGCUGUGUUUGUAAGCCCUUCAGAGUAUACGCAGAUCCACUGCACAUUAAAGUUUUUAUCAUGAACAAGGUCAGACAUUACACACAGAUCUGCUACCCUAUUUUUCUAGAAAGGAAAUAUAUGCACUUAUUUACUACUUGUGUUCUGAUUCAAUUUAAGUCCUCCUUUACUCUUUGUAGGAAUUAUGUUAACCAGAAGUCCUGUUGCAGUUUACAAAGAGGGGAGAAAAAUAAUCUGUUUAUUCUCUUAAAAUCUUUUGCUCUUUAUAUGAAAACAGAUGAAACAGAUUAGUUAUAGAUUUCAUUUUGUCUCCUGCGAAUGUAGUUAAUUGCACAUAAAGUAGAAUAACUAAAUUCUUUUUUGUUGUUACUGUUUUUGACCUUUAUUUUCACUAUAUUUGUGGGGCGGUUUAAAGAAAAAAAAAUUCUGUUUCUAGGAAUUCAUUACUAUUUUUCUUUCCAAGCAACGAGCAUUCUCUUUUCACAGAGAAUAUAAUUUCAUAUAUUAAUGUAACUUAAGUUUAGAAUCUUAUGCAAAGGGAAAUACCACUUCUGAAAUGUGAGACUUUUCCCUAGCCCUGGUAGCUUUACUCUGAUCACCUUUCCUUUUCCCAUCUUUAGGAGAUUUUUAAUUGUCAGUGUUGAUUAAAUAAUUCUGAUUAACUUGAAAUGUGGCAGUUUAUCACAGCACCACUGGAGUCUUAUGUCGGGUUUCUGUCUUCUUCAUUCUUAGUUAUAUUGACUGUUGGUCAAAUAUAAAACUACUCCCUAUAUCUGCAUUUUAGUUUAUAUACCCCGUAAAAGUCUGGGUUCAUAUUUAAAUUGAACUUCCAAUAAAUUUGGACUCUUUUCUGUAGAAGUUUGGUUUUGUAUCAGCUGCUGCUAUGUAAAUGAAGGAUUUGAUGAAGAGAGUUGUUAAAAUAACAGUUUCUCACAUACGGAGAAUUUUUGGUACUUUGAGUUAAUAUCUGCUUCCCAGAAUACUUCAGAACUACCAGACUGAAACAUGGUGUGAUUCCAAAUGCAAAACAUAUUUCUAGCAGGGUCGACAUGUGUUUGUUUUUGACCAUGACAGAUUUUAAUUAUGUGCAACAAAGUGAUUUUUAUUUGACCUCGAAUAUUG